UGCAGGAACCUGAUCGAGAGCAGAGGAGAAGAAAUCACCGUUAAGGAAGAACCAAACUCUGUAAAGGAAGAACAAGACACUGAUGAUGAAGAACAACACACUGUAAAGGAAGAACAACACACUGAUGAGGAAGAACAACACACUGAUGAGGAAGAACAAAACACUGAUGAGGAAGAGGAGGCUUAUGAAGAUCAGAAUAAUGAUGAGGAUGAUGACUUUGUUCCUUCAGAUGACAACGCUGGUUCAUCUUCUGAUGGAGAAACUGCCUCCACUUCCAAAGACCAAUGGACAGUGACAGACUGUGGAGAAACAUUGAGCAAGCAUAGUCAUUUAGCAACACAGGAGAUAAACUACACAAAACCGAAAGACUUCAGCUGCAACAUAUGCAACAUCAGUUUUCCAACCUUCAAAGAGAAGAGACUUCAUUCAAAAGAGCACAGCGUGAAGAAGGAGUUUCGCUGUGAACAGUGCGGGAAGGAUUUUUUCACCACUCCUUAUAAUAUGAAAGCUCAUAUAAAGACACACGAAGAAAAGUCUCUUCAGUGCAACGAAUGCAACAAGUAUUUCCGCAAUAAACGAGAUCUUUCAAGUCAUAAGAGAAUUCACACGGGUGAAAAACCGUACAAGUGUCCUCAAUGUGAGAAGAGCUUCAGGCAGACAUAUCAUUUGAAGAGACAUCUACUCACGCACAGCAAUGAGAGACCGUAUCAGUGCAAUGAAUGUGGAAAACCUUUUAGAAGCUUAGCGUCACUAAAUGUACACCAAAAAAUGCACUCUGAUGACAAACCGUAUCAGUGCCCUCACUGUGAGAAGAGCUUCAAAUAUGGAAUCAGUCUGAAGAACCAUGUGUUAAUGCACAAAAAUGAAAGACCGUUUCAGUGCAGUGAAUGUGGGAAAACUUUUACAAACUCUGCUUCUCUAAAGUUACACCGAAAAAUGCACUCUGAUGACAAACCGUAUCAGUGUUCACACUGUGAGAAACGUUUCUAUCAUUCGACUCACAGAAAAUCUCAUGAGCGGACUCACACUGGAGAGAAACCGUACCUGUGCUCCGACUGUGGGAAGAGCUUCGCUAGUUCAUUUGCUUUCAAAAUUCAUCAGAGAAGUCACACCGGAGAAAGACCUUAUCCCUGUAGUAAUUGUGGAAAGAGUUUCUAUAAGCUAAAUGACGUAAAACUACACCAGAGGACUCAUACAGGAGAAAAACCUUUUAAAUGCUCACUUUGUGACAAGACUUUCGCCGUAUCAACUUCCCUGAAGACCCAUGAACGAAUACAUACAGGAGAGAAACCUUACUGCUGCUCCAUCUGCGGAGAGAGAUUCGCUUUUAAAUGGAGCUUUCAGAGCCACAAGAAGAAGCACGCUGCUCCAGAAUCAUCAUAGCUUCAUCAGGCAGACUGGCCACUUGGACAUUCUGGAGAAGUCCAGAACAGACGCUAAUCCAUCUGAUGGCAGUCGGCUUAAGAAAAUGUGUCAGAUUAAGUAAUGUUGAUGGCCAACAAAAGGGGUUGCUAAUGCAAUCUAUAUUUGCUGAUAACAUUUUUUUUUACUUUCCCGAAGGAGAGUGGCUCAUGUUGGCAAGCAAAAGACGUAAAGAUAAAGGCAGUUGAGGAGAAGCUUAAAGGAAAAAAAGUGAACAGUUACAUCAUGUUACCUUUGUUAGCCUCUCUCACUAGGCUACAUGGCAUGUAGCCUAUAGCACUGUGGUAAAAUCCCAGGACACCCCGAUAGCCUGAGCGUCCACUGCUAUUUAUCACUCUGCAUCAUCUGGCAUGAAUAUCCAUUCAUUCAUAUAGAGACCGCAGCGAUACUACAACGGGUCAAUUUUAGUUGAUACAAUAGGCUUAUACAUUUAUUUCAGUCCUAAUUUAUAAUGGUUUUACUUAUUGUAAUGAAAAUUUUAUUGGUUUUAAUGGAAACUGUAAGAGCGCCUGUUGGUCUCUACUGGUAAUUGGUCACCUUCUAAUCAUGGUUUU